AUUACGAUUCAGGCGCCCCGCCGAAUCAUUUGCCCAUUUCAAUGAUGGUUACUUGGAUUAAAUUUCCCCUAUUUUUAUUUCUAAUACCGUCGCUACUAGAAACAACAACCACAGUAACCACCUGCGAAACGACGACACAACAACCAAACGCAAACAUCGGUCGUUGCUCGGGAACAGCUGAUGCGCUACAAGCAGCAACAGAAGUAACAUCAAUUUCCGGCGAGCGACUCCCGAAAAUGGCCACAAAAUUGGUCGCCUGCGAUUUCGAAGUUUUCGGCAUUGUCCAAGGAGUGUUCUUUAGAAAGCACACGCAAAAACAAGCGGUUGCCCUAGGUUUGCGUGGAUGGUGCAUGAAUACUCGGGAUGGUACCGUGAAAGGGCAAAUCGAGGGAGAUGAGAAACCCGUUGAAGAAAUGAAACAUUGGCUGAAGACCAAGGGUAGCCCAACGAGUCGAAUCGACAAGGCUGUUUUUGGACCUAGCAAAGAAAUAACCAAGUAUAGUUUUAACGAUUUUGCCAUAAAACGUUAGAUAUCGAUUGCAACCUAUAUUUUCCCAAGAAGGUGAAACAUUGGAUUAACAGAUACUUUAGAUUCUAAUAUUUAUUACAGAUUCAAAGAAACAUUAUAUUUGAAUAGCAAUUCUUUAGAAACUCAUGAAGACACAAUUAAAUUGCUUCAUAUUGUGUUUCUCCUUGUAAUUUAUAGAAAAAAAAAUGGAGCAACUACACAUGCUCCUUAAAUUAGCUGAGAACGGUGAAAUCUAGAAGUGGUACAAACCCAGUUGAACUUUUUCUGAUGGGAAUCGGGUGUCGUGACCACCUUAUUAGUCCCUAGUGAACAGUCUUAGCUGGUUGAAGGAUAAUUGAAUCUACUAUUCGAAUCAACUAUGGAAUGACUCGCGACAACUAAAAAUUUAGAACAAAUUCUUAAUUAUACAAAGUCCAUGUCUUUCAUCGACACAUUUCUAAGUUCGUUUGAUUUUGUUUAGGUUACAAAAUACAAUACAUAAAAAUCAGCAGUGCCGUUUUUUCUCUUCUUAGAGUUAAUCAUUAUAAAAGUUUGCUUGUGUAAAUUUUUAGAAACACAAAUUUCUUUCUAAUAAAUACAACUUUUUUACUGUA